AUGGUUAUGAUGGCUCGUUUGAUGAUGACUGGUGCUGAGGCGGUGCAAGGCGGCCGGUUGAAGGUGAGCGCGAAGGCGGUGACGAUGAGUCUCACCCGUAUACUUCCGUGUACCAGGGAGCGUGGUAUGUCGGUAAAGACUGGCGACUGGGGCUAUGGAUUGGGUCUGGUCGAGCCUCCGCCGUCCGGUGACGGGCAGAGCGAGGAGAUCGUUACCCUCACGUAUGCUCUUUCUGGCCAGGUCCAGCACGAAGACUUUGCUGGACAUACGGGUACGAUCAGUCCGGGGGAUGUGCAGUGGAUGAAUGCCGGGCAUGGGAUUAUGCAUGCCGAAAUGCCCGUGCACCGCGACGCGAGCGGAAAUAAACUUCCCGACCCAGUGGGAUUGCAGCUGUGGGUUGAUCUUCCGAAAGAAGCCAAGAAGGAACCCCCCAGCUAUCAGGAGUACCGCUCCGCUGCCCUUCCUACAGCAAAGCCGAACGGGGAGGGGGAUGAAGAGGGAUUUGAAGUCAAGGUGGUGGUCGGAGAGUCGCACGGUGUCGAGUCGCCCAUCAAGCUGCCCAAGAACGGCGGCAUGACGUUCCUCGACAUUACACUCGAUGCUGCGGGGACAGUGUUUCAAAGGCUCGACCCGAGAUACAACGCCUUCAUCUACACGCUCGAGGGUACGGUGGUGGUGGGCGAUUCCACGCCCGUCGAUGCACCUGCUCGAGCGGCAUUUGGAUCCGGGACAGAGGCGGUCGAAGGUGAAAAGAUCGAACCAUUCCACACGCUCGUCCUCACCCAGCGCGGUGAAGCCGGAGUAAGGAUCAGCAAUGCGGGAGGGGAAAAGGCACGAUUGGUGUUGGUGGCGGGAGAGCCGUUGGAUCAGGAGGUGGUGCAGUACGGACCGUUUGUCAUGACGAGUAGGAACGAGAUCCAGCAGACGCUCAUCGACUUUCAAACGGGCAGCAACGGGUUCGAGCGCGCGCCUGGCUGGAGGUCCAAGAUCGGCGCCCACAUGACCUAG